AAAACCUAUUUAAACUCUUAGGUGAUGGAUAUGCGUAAAGGAAAAGAACAACUCUUCUAGGAAAUGGCAAAGAUGGUGGCGAAAUUUGGGAGGAGAUUUGAAGGAAAAGUCGCAAUUGCAACGGCUUCCACUAAAGGCAUCAGCUUUGCCACCGCCGAGCGUCUCGGCUUGGAAGGCGCCUCCGUCGUCAUCUCUUCUCGCAAAAAGGAAAAUGUGGAUGAAGCAGUUGAAAAGCUUGAGAAUAAAGGAAUUGAAGUGUUGGGAGUGGUUUGUCAUGUCCAAAAUGCACAACAAAGGAAAGAUCUAGUUCAAAAGACUGUUGAGAAAUAUGGAAAAAUAGAUGUGGUUGUAUCAAAUGCUGCUGUAAAUCCAUCCGUAGAGCCAUUGUUGAAAACCCCAGAAUCUAUCCUUGACAAAAUAUGGGAAAUAAACGUCAAAGCAACUGUACUUCUUCUACAGGAGGCAGCUCCUUACUUGCAGAAAGGUUCAUCAGUUCUUCUUAUUUCCUCAGUUGUUGCCUUUCAACCGUGGGGUGCUAUGGCUAUGUACGGGGUAACUAAGACAGCCCUUCUUGGAUUGACCAAGGCCCUUGCAGCCGAGAUGGCUAUAGAUACUCGUGUAAAUUGUGUUGCUCCUGGUCUUGUUCCAACCCACUUUGCAGCAUACAUCACAAAAGAUGAAGCUGUAAGGAAGACUGCCGAGGAAAAGACCUUACUUAAAAGGCUUGGUACCCCAGAAGAGAUGGCUGCAGCAACUGCUUUCUUGGCUUCUGAUGAUGCUUGUUACAUUACAGGAGAAAAUCUUUUGGUGACGGGGAAUCCCCUCUAGACUUUAGUAUACCUUUCCAAUUUUUUUUGGGAAAAAUAAAUAAUGUUUAUAGAGAUCUCAUGUCCACUUGAUACUUGCAGUUGGUUUCCUAUUUCUAUAGCAAGAACUGAUUGUUUCUGCCUUUAAUGGAAAAAAACUUGAGGCAGAUUAAUAAAUUCAGGAGCGCUUCUCUUUUAAUUUACCAGAUUUGACCUUGAGAUAUAAAAUUUGCAAUGAAAAGUUCUCUGUAAAGAAAUA